CGGUUCCAAAGCACGCUCAUCCUCCUCGCCUCAGGCAACUUGGCUACCGACCUCUCGGAGCUUUCGGAGCUUCGAAUUCCACCAUCCAGCCAAAACAUUCCAGGUUAAGUUUACGUAUUUAUCAAGCUUUACAGACUGCUUGGCACCGAUUGCGAGGCGGCCAGAAGUGGGCGGAGGAAGUCAUGUUCAGCAAUGCGGUUCGUCAGAAGGAACGGACCGGCAAAUAUGGCACCGCUCGCGACCAAUAUUUGCAAGACCUUGUAACGGAAUUUCAACAAACUGUUCAUGAAGAAACUAAAGAGCAAGUAGUAGCGCAUUUGGCCAACUUCGCUUACGAUCCAUUCAACUUCGAAUAUCUUCGCGCACUCAACGUUCUGGACUUAUUUCUAGACUGCUUGGCGGAGCCUAAUGAGAAGCUUGUUGAAUUUUCUCUGGGGGGAAUCUGCAAUUGUGUUGCUGAUUCCAUGAAUGCUUCCAUUGUAGUGAAGAAUGGUGGAAUACCUCUGAUUAUUCAAUGCUUAUCAAGCCCUGUUGAGAAUACGGUUCUAUCGGCUAUUGCAACGUUAUAUUACCUCUGUAACCCUGCAACCAGAAAAGAAAUUUUGAAACCAGAGGUUGUGGAUUGUAUGAACAAGUACGCCAGUGCUGGUGAUGUGAACAAAAAAUUUAGCAACUUAGCGCACUCCUUUCUUGCUACCCACUUGAACGAAAGUUAGUCAUGAGGUCAUCAAAUAUGUCAUCUGGCGAAAACACUUAGGCGCGAUAUUCUUGAAUCAGUUAGCAUUGAUUGCCUGGACAUCACCUAUCUGUGCUUCGGUGCUUAUUGUGAACUGCAUGAUACCGUUCAUUGUAAAGGCUUUUUCAAGUGUGUCUUGUAUGACCUUGAAAUAUUUAUUGGAGCCUUUACUUCAUACUUGUGAGGCAGCUCCUAUCAACAAUGGGGAUAUACUUUGGGAAGCUGCUUGAUAGUACUUUGUGGGGAACCAAGACCCACAAGAUACUCAUGGUUGGACUUGAUUCUGCAGG